CUUAAGUCCGAGCAGUACUGCAACUAGGAGCCGCACGAGCGAAUCAGCCACCUGUUCUUGUGCAACCUCCAUGAAGUAGGGCUGUACGAGAGUCAGUUAUGCCUGUGCUGUAAAAUACAGCAACACGGCACAUCGGUCAUAAGAUGGACGAGGAAGUAAGUUCUUUCUCCGCUGGUAACUUCACCAUGCGGGUACCAGUGUCUUCCUGCCGCAGCAGGAGCCCACCUACGGCAUCCUCGUCGUCGUCUUUUUUUUCAACUAGAACCACACGAAGAAGAAACAAAACCCAGACACGACUGGUCAACAAAAUUCUGCUCUCCACCGCUGCGACGGUUUACCUGCAGCAACUGCCUGCAAACACGGACGCCGCGAAGAUCCCGAUUCUGGUAUCCGGCCCGGAAUACCACCACAAGGCGGACAUUUGCACGCUCGCGAAGCAUCUCUUUGCCUCGGAAAGUCCGAAGAUUUUGCUAGAGAACAAACCCACGUCACUGCUCAACUGGGCCGGGGACGAUGUGGCGUCGACCUGUACGCCCACACACAGUCCGAGGUUACUGGACUUUGAAGCCGUUUUCAACUCAGUGACCGCGAACGAUGAUGUAUUAAUGUUGAGGUCUUUGCUACUUUUUUGUUUUGCUAGCUAGUUGAUGUAGUAGGAAAAAAAAAUACAAAAAGUGUCGGGAUUCCAAAAUCAACAUUAUGCGCAAUAAUUUCACCACCUGCAUCUAAUUGUACAGGUCAUCCUUUUUCUCGUUGGGCAGGGGGGUUACAAAACCUUCAAUUUCCCCGUGAACCCCUUCGACGGCGCGGACUGGAAAUCCUGGGACCAGCGUAUUGAGAGGAAAAAUCCCCCCACCCCAUAUUCAAACGGGAAUUUCUCUUGCUGGAUUUGUAGACACAAAUCAGCUCUGUCUUGCAGUGAGGCACUGGAGGCAGAGCCUAAGCCUGCGUCGGGUGUUACGCUUAGGUUUGGUAUAGGUGCUUAGCAUAGCAGAGGCCUGCCAUAUCGGCGCAGCAGCUUUACAAAUCGCCCGCAUAAAGCGACAGACUCUUUGCGUUUGCCCUCCUGCAAAAGAGACAGGAUCUGUGGUCACAAAUCAGCAUUACAUUUUUCAGAAGUAUACCUUUUCAGUAUGGAGAGUGGGGAUUUUUUACUUUGAUACAGCGAAAACAGCUUUCUCGGCAAGCUCUUUACCAAGUCAUCGCCGGCGCGAAGUUUAACAGCUUGGUACAGAAGUGGCUGUUGAAUUUGUCGUGCUGGUGUCUCAUUAUGUGCGCAACUGCUUUAUUUCUUGUCAUGCAGUUGUAACUGCAAAUGUAAAAAGAACAGUUAAUCUACGCGGACUUUCCCGAAGCGGGCACCAUGUUCGAAGAAGGGUUACUACCGCCGAAUGCAGUUUAUGGAGCGAAAAAAUGUGUUUCAGUUAGUUUCGAAUUUUUCGUGGUCGUGAUGUUGCAGAACCAGCAACACAGACAACCUCUGUCAUGGGGGACAUGCUCAGGAGGAGCCUUUUUAUUUCGUGCAUGUUUUUUCCUUGGGCUUGCGCUUGGUGAUCAUGAUCUCCACGUUUUAGCUUUUUUUUCGUCAUGCAGACCACCAAACCUGCUCCUGCAUCUCGUCCGCCACGGCCACAUGCGUAACUGUAACACGUUUUUUCUUUGGAUACGAUGGCGGUCACGAGAAAGACAGCGGAAGUGGGGAAUUGCUUCCUCAGCCCGCACACGACGGGGUGCCGCUCAAAUAUUUUCACCCAGGCGGUCAUGAGGAACUGGGGUAAGAACUACACAUCAUUUCCGUUUUGUCAUUUAUUUUCGCACUGUAAAACUAAAAGUAAAAACGAAAACCGCAUGUAGUGAUAUGUUUUUUGUUGGUGUUUUUUUACGCAUGACCAUCUUCCUAGGCACCACCGUGAAGGCACACACCCGGUUGCUUGCGGAUCUUUUCGACGACCUGGAGGUUCACAAUACGGAGAGCACGGUAUCGAUUCGCUUCUGAACAAUAAGCUUUCUAGUUCUAAUAGUUGUCGUGCGAAAAUUGAGUGGGAAAGCACUGCUGUCGUGCGUUUGACAACACCACGUACGCAUAUCGCUAUCAGGUCUACACCACCAAUAGCCUCACAACGUACUUUGCCCAAGCUUCCCCGGCCUUUGGCACCGCGACGAGCUCCGACGACGUCUGCACCAAUGCGAACAUCGAGCUCUGCCGGCUAUACACGGUCAACGGCUACGGUUCUGCCGCUAAUAACCCAGCGACGUUGCAAGGCGCCGUGGUCCCGAUCUUGCAGAGUCGGGAGUCAGAGGACCAAUUCUUCAUGAAGGUGUCCAACUGCAACGAGUUUCACGUGGAGGAUGGCGAGGCAAAGCCACUGAAAACCUAUGUAUCCAAAAGGAAAAGUGUCGCCUUCGCGCUAAUUAUGAUCACGAUCAUUAUCAUGUAGGACCGAUGCAGAUCUCACUUUCUGGGUCGCUCUGCAGGACAAAUGAGCCAUUUUUUUUAUUGAUAUAAAUAUUGUAGUAAUGUCAAUGUGCCAUUUCCCUUAAACUGCCCUGCUUUUCCUUUUGCAAUGCAUACUCUCCCGAACAGUACAACUGCUUGCGAUCGAUGCUGGAGGCGGAGUCGAUUGAGAUAGCCAACGACUACGAAGGCAACCACUGGGACUACGAGGCGUGUGCAACAGCAGCAAUCAACGUCGUGUACUCAUUGGAGCUUGGUGCUUGUUGUGUUUCUUGCUACUAAGUGGUAAACUCUUCCUUGUACUUGAUAACAAUGCAGCUUCGUUUUUGAUGGGUAUCGGAAGUGGACAGCCCACAGAGUAGAAGAUUCUGAUUUAUUCCCGGAUUCGAACAAUAACAGGCGUCUUUGCUGAUUCCGCAUGAGAAAGAAAACCAAAACUCCAAAUCAGCUCCAUCUGCGGCACAUGGACGGCCUACAACGCCCAGUUUGCAAAAGUCCUGUGGAGCUUGUGCGCAAAGGAGGACUGGAAUCAUAGAAGAGUGGUACGAUCUCAAUCUCAAUUUUUGGUUCCUGCAACAACUAUAAGAUUCAUCGCAUGAGAAAAUGAAAAAUGAUACACUGCAUGAGCAUGACAGACGCGACCUAAAAUGAAACAAAAAGGUGCGCGCCCUGGAGAUUGCCUACGAGGACGCGGGGACGAAGUGCAACACCAACGAGUACCCGGAUAAUGAACUGCUCACUGUCGUGUUGUACGCAUUGCGAAAGUAUCGCACUUCUAGUAUUUGAAAAAUCGCAUGACAAAUCUUCUCGACGAGAGGAAAAAGGAUUUGUAAUGCCGAUUUCGGUAGAGUGGUAGAUUUGUCCAUGCAAGACAGCAAUUGUUAAUAUAGGAGUGCGAGUUACUUUUGCACCGCAUACGCUGGGCAUCACGGGGUUAGCCCUGACCUUUCUCUGUCUCACCAUCGGAAAACCCAUGGACCGGGCUUUGUACCCGUUGAAAGGGGGAUAUGGAACUGUCAGGAUCGAAAUUGACAAAGUCGAAAAAUUUGUGAUGCAUAAAAUGCAUGACGCGAAGCACGUGUGUUGCAGAGCAGGCAAGUGAGGCCGAUUGUAAGCCUGUUUGGGGUUAUAGCUCGAGCUGCUAAAGCAGCUUGAGAGAAUCAGUCUUCUUUGCCUAAAUAGCAUUACAAACUGGAUUGAGGCACCACCAGAAUUUGUCAUGCGCCACUCAGAAACUGUAACUGGGCUCGAACUGGAAUCCAUUUUAUGCAUCACAAAUUAUUUCGAUUUUGUUGAUUUCGAUCCUGACACUUCCAUAGGGGAGCGUCGCCCAUGGCGACCGGGGCGCCGUGAGUGGAGUUGCCGGCGAUGGCGCAGAAGUAGCAGCCCAUUGUUGUUGAAGAAGCACGGAGGUUGAAAUUUAUGAAGAGAAAAUAUCAUAUUAACCCGAACUCAUAAAAGCUAUCGGCGCUGUACGUAGGUCGAGGUUCGUAGCAGCUGCAGCAUCGUGGGACCAAAUAAAGCGAUGCAGCGCUUAUUUUCAUUGAGGAGGCGGAGAGAUACCUACAAAAAUAAACUAUCGAAGCUACAGUAUAGUCUAUUUUCGAUAAAACACCGAUAAAAGUACAAUCAAACCAUCAGAAAUGCUGCACACAUCAACGGUCGUUUUGAAGUCGCGGAUUCUUUUACUACUUGAGCCAAGCGAGCCUGAAGAGAUCAUGGCUUUGGCCUCUUACAACACGCGCUUGAUGUAGAGUCGAUGUCGAACGUGAUUUUUUUCGCACAGUAAAAUGAAAGCGUUGUAAUUUUUGUAGCGGUACGAAGAAGAACUAGAACAGAA